AUGGUUCUUGAGAACUCCUUCCAUGGCCUUCCAAGCACAAUUCCAGUGGCUUGUUGCUUGUCCUCUCUCCCUUGUGUCUGUCACCAUGUUCUGCUGGUUGUCAUUUGGCUUCCUCACAACCAUGAUGCGGUUCCGGAACACCACAGCUGCAUCACCAAAGAUGAAGUCAAUUGUGCCACUAACGAUGCAGCUCUCUGUAGAACCGUCCGUGGGCUUGGACGUAUAGAGUGUCUUGGUAGCCCUCAAAACGACGGUUGGCGAACACUUGCACGAUCUGCCUGGACUCUUGCGACCACCGCUUGA